UUUAUUCAGUAGCAGGAGUGCAAACCUCAUACGUUGAGGGAGAAAGGCAGCGGGAGACGGCCGCCGAGAUUCCCCCAUCUCUUUGAAUAUAAUUUUAGAUUGAGAUUCAGAUUAAAUCCGAGGGGAAAACACUUUAUGAGGCUGAAAGCUGUGUCGUUGCCAGAGCCAGGGUUAUGAGCGAUCAAAUGCAAUUACAUUAAGACAGAUUAUACUGGGCAAAUUGAGCCAUUUAGAAGGUGAGAAUCAAAGAAACGGCUCUGAUCCUCUCUUCCCCCUUCUCUCUCCCUCUCCUUCUCUCUCUCUAAAUUGCAGUUCAUAGUUCCUUGCAAUUCUGAGGCACAAAAGUAGGUGAGACUGCUUUUGUAUCUGCGAAGUGCUUCACUCCUGAAUGUAAUUCUAGCUGAGUGCAAUCUAGGUUAAGAGCCGGGCAAGCGGGUAAUUAGAGCCCGCUCGCUGCCCGAGGACCGGCCGCCCCGCCGAAGCGCGCCCGGAGCCGGCGCCCUUCUCCCGGCCGAGCCGAGCUGCGGCUGGACACGGAGCGCCCGAGAUGAUGGUGCUGGACAAGGAGGACGGUAUGCCGAUGCUCUCCGUCCAGCCCAAAGGGAAGCAGAAGGGCUGCGCGGGCUGCAACCGCAAGAUCAAAGACCGCUACCUGCUGAAGGCGCUGGACAAGUACUGGCACGAGGACUGCCUCAAGUGCGCCUGCUGUGACUGCCGCCUGGGCGAGGUGGGCUCCACGCUCUACACCAAGGCCAACCUCAUCCUGUGCCGGCGCGACUACCUGAGGCUCUUUGGCACCACAGGAAACUGCGCUGCCUGCAGCAAGCUGAUUCCAGCCUUCGAGAUGGUGAUGCGGGCCCGGGACAAUGUAUAUCACCUCGACUGCUUCGCCUGCCAGCUCUGCAACCAGAGAUUUUGUGUGGGAGACAAAUUCUUCCUGAAGAACAACAUGAUCUUGUGUCAGAUGGACUAUGAGGAGGGGCAACUCAAUGGCACCUUUGAGCCCCAGGUUCAGUGACGCCCGGCGCCUGGCCGCCCGGCCCGUCCGUCUGCCCGCCCGCCUGCCCAUCCGCCCGGCUGGCCAGCCGCUCUCCUGCCGAUUACAGCUCCUCUGUCCUCGAUGGGAGGAAGGGCCCUUCCUCCAGCGCCGCCCGUCUGUGUGUGACCCCUCCUGGGGCCAGGCUGGGCCUGUACAGUCUGUCUUCUGUAUAUAAAUGGGAACAUUUAUUUUAUGAGAAAUGUAAUGCGAUUUUAUUACUGGCGUGGAUUAAACUUAUGAAUGUU